UACAUGUUUACAGAUGAGUUCCUGAGGCAAGGAGGAGUGUGGAUGAAGGAAGAGCCAGUCAGUUGAUUAUGUGAUGGAUAUACAAGAGCCUGGUGCAGCAACCCAAACUAUAAUACCUGCUGGUGACUCUUUGGAUGUCCUAGAUAAGAGGCUAAAGAAAGAUGACGCCGUUAACAUUGUUCGACAAUUACUUGAUGUACAGAUCAAGGCAAAAACUUUUGGUCGGCUAUUAGAAUUAUCUAGAGCCAUUAUAGAGGUAACUCCUCAGCUGACCGGUGAUCCUCAGGCUCUCUCUUUCUAUAUCAUUGAUGAGUUCCUGAAACAAGUUGAUCCCAGACCAACAUGGAGGCUGAUCCUGAAUGCCCUCAGAGAUCCGCUAAUUGGGGAACAUAGCCUGGCUCAGGAGAUAGAAGUGUCUCUAACAAAGGACAUGACUUCUCCCCGUCUUCCUGCAGCUUCUCUUUCCCACUCCUCAUUUCCUACUUCAGUCCCCCACUCCACUUCACCUACUGAUGUACUCCAAUCCACUGCUGCUGCUGCUGCUCCCAUUCCAGCAUUAACUGCAGACUCCCAGUCAUUAUCAGUUUCACAGUCUAUCUCGACCGUUUCAGUCUCCAGGUCUAAGUUACCAGGAACAGGCUCUAGAUCUCCUGGAGAUUCCACUCAAUGGACAAAGAGAGACUCUCGCCCCACUCAUCAAGCUGUGAGACAUAGAUCCCAGGAAAUGGCUAAACCUGCUCGGACUCAUUUUAGAGCUCCCACUCCUGCCUCAACUAGUGUGGUCCAUAAGUCAAGGUCACGAAGACCAAGUUCUGGCUCUCUUAGAAAGAAAGUGGAUUACUCAACAAAGGGGACUGCCUCCCAGAAGUUAACAGCAGUUGUGGCAAAGCCUCAACCAAGUGGACAUCGUUCUCAAGAAAAAGCAACCUUAGGUGCUGUUGGUGGUCACUCUUCUAUGGCUGAAACACAGCAUAGCACUAAAUAUAAAAACACCAGUGGACAGCAGAGCUCUAGUGUAGUAUCUAGAACUACACACGGCAUCAAAUCCGUUAGUGCAUCAAGAACACGGGAAAGUGGAGGCUCUGCAGUUUUUUCCUCAUCUUUACCCACUGCAGUCGCUCCCACUGCAUCAGACAUGCCACUGUCUGUGACUUACAGUUGUGGUAUGGCUGAAGUACAAAGUAAUAUGGAAAGGCUUCAUGCGAGGUUUGAGGAUUGCGAAUGCAGUGAUAAUGUCAUUGGUUCGAAAUGGAGUUCCAGUUUCACAUUUUGUUCGGGAACUUCAAUGCUCGAGCAUCAAAUGUAGUCGAACAUGAAAACUACUUUUUUGAGGACGUUAGGGAACUUGGCAAUGUGUAAAGUACCGUCCUAUUCUCUCAUCUCAGUCCUCACUGCCAUAUCUCUCACCGAUUUGCUCUCUCAUCUCAUUCGAACAGUUCUAAAGGAUUUUAAAGGAAUGUCUUAUAACACACAUCUUAGCCAAUUUAGGAAUGAGACUCUCUUGGGUUGUUUGCUCAGUAAGAUAAAGCAGCUACGUAUUCCACGGCAGAAGGUUUCUCCAGUAUCCUGGUACAUUUAAAGGUGACGUUUCGAAGAUAUGACAUUAGGCAACGUAGAUGUUUCAGGAAAAAAUACUUGAAACAUCACAAGCGUGUGAUUAUACACUCUGCUAGUAACCAUGAUAUGAUGCUGCGUCACAGUGCUUCAUUCUCAGUUCCAAUUCUGUCACUGAAGAGACUGAAAAAUGACAUUCUAUUCACUUUUGAAAAGAAUUGGUUGUCGUUAAGUUUGAAUCGCGGAACUCCAAUGUACGGUGAGGAUGGUUUACGUCUCAGGAGUACUCCUUCAGCCAAUGACAUCUUAUAUGCUGUACCCUAACUCCAGGUAAGAGUAGAACCAUAUGAUAUGCAGUAAGCGAGUACUAGUUAGACAGCAGACAUUGUCGUUUUGUUAAUAGUGGACUAUGUUAUAGUGCGUUACUGAUACAAUGCUAUUGUAGGGAGUUUUGGCGUCAAAAGUUUAGUAAGUUAAUAAGCCAAUAUA